AUUGGGCUCUUGUCAGUUGACACUAUAAUAUUAUUGAAAGCGAGGGCGAGGGUUAGAGGCGUAGUAGACCCUGGGCAGGCAUCAGAGCUAUUAUACUCUAAGAACAACUAUCUAUUGAUAAUCAACAUUGUUGAGCAUAGGGAGGAAAAAGGAAGAAACGGAUCAAGAGUUUUUUCUUUUAAAUUAAACAACACGCCAGAUGGGACCCUAACUAUUCUUCUAAACUCCUGAUCCAACAGGAAGAUGAAUUCAUGAAUUAAUAACGCGGACAAAUAAAUAGUAAAAAUAGAUACAUAACUACAAGGUCAGACUUAAUUAAGAAACUAAAUGUCAUCAUCCAUAAUGUGUCUGUCCAUUUAUCAUACAUACAUCCUAAUGUUAGAUAAACACUUCCUAAUUCAUCCUCGCUCCUGUCUGCCUGACUGCUCAACGUACGCUGUAUACCGUUCAGGCCGGCUACAUAAAUUUGAAAGUGUCGUUCGCAUACCUAUCUAUGUAUGAUAAGCUACAUAUAAGAAGCUUCAACCGAUUUAUUCCCUUCUCUCUUCUCUCUUCUCCUCCCUUUGCCCAUGAAUGGACAUUAAUCUCCACCUCCCACCGCCUUCAUUGGCCCAAUCCAUAUGCAUCAGAGGAUCUAGCUACGCAUGCGGCCAGAUGGAGACUUUUGAUAGCAGCCAUGCCGGGGAAAAGAAAAAAAGAAAAGAAGAACCUUUCAACCUUCAAGCUUUUGCCCCGAUUCCGAUCCCCGCAGCCGUGUAUUAUUAGUAUUACCUCUAUACGGAGAGAGCACCGAGCCCCGGCUCCCUCCUCCUCCUCCUCCUCCUCCUUCUCCUCCUACUACUACUCCUAGUAGUACGGGUUUUCGGGUUUUGCGCUCUGCGCUCUGCGGCUGGAGGGGAAAGGAAGGGGGGUUACACAUUUGUCCAUCUCUAUACGAGCGUAUAUACUGCUGGUGGGCAAUGUUCUUCUUCUUCUCGUUUAGUAUGAAAUCUUAGGGGACCUAUCCUAUACAGGUCAUCGAGGGGGGUAAAAGCGGUGGGGUAGACUGAUCGCGCCUUUUCCUUUAUCAAAAAGGUAGAGUGGAGAAGAGACGAGGAGACAAGGAGAAUGAGAAGAUAAGCAUGUAGAAAAUGUACCCCGGCAUGCAUGGUACAUGUACUGUACAUGAACAUGUAUGUACAGAGUAAUUCUAGAGGAUGAGGACACAGCUAGAUCUUGCUUGUCUCGCCUGUAUGUCGUACAUACGUCAUAUGAACAACAUAUGUUUAAUGAUCUCCUCCAUGUGGGUAUUAAAAAUAUAUAAUUAAGGGAAAAACGAGUUGGAUAAGG